UCGCUCAGUGAGGCGAUUUGGUCUUCGCGAUCUCUCUCCAAGAUGUGGGAGGCACUCGAGUGGUCUAUUCUCCUGCUUGGCGUAUAUUGGACAUGCGCGUCAGCCAACCAGUGUGCUCCCGGGUGGCGCGGGCACGGCACCAGCUGCUACAAGAAGAUGGCAGUCCCCAACGGUUGGCUGGGCGCCUGGCACCACUGCGUCCAGCUGGGCGGCAACCUGGUCUCGAUCACCUCCUCGGCCGAGGAAGACUUUGUGAAGACGACCAUGGCCAAGUACAACCACUUCUGGCUGGGGCUCUCCAACCAGAAAUGCGACAAGGUCUGGUGUGGCUUUGAAGGCGGGAGCCAGAAGCUGACCUGGUCCGAUGGCCAGACAAUUAAGCACACCAACUGGGCCCCAAAUCAACUCGAAAGGUAA